AUGUGUAUGCAGGAAUGGCAGGUGGAGGGUAGGGAAGAAAAGUUGAGGGUCUAUGGGGUAGAGUUCUCAAAGGACUGGGAAGAGGGUCUGACUGGGGCCCUUUCCCAGGACUGGGUGUUCCUGACAAGAUUUUGCUUCCUCUCGGAUUACGGACGACUGGACUUCCGUUUCCGAUACCCUGAGGCCAAGUGCUGUCAGAACAUCCUUCUCUAUUUUGAUGACCCAUCCCAGUGGCCAGCUGUGUACAAGGCAGGGGACAAGGACUGCCUGGCCAAGGAGUCAGUGAUCAGGCCUGAGAACAACCAGGUCAUCAACCUCACCACGCAGUAUGCCUGGUCAGGCUGUCAGGUGGUGUCAGAGGAGGGAACCCGCUACUUGAGCUGCUCCAGUGGCCGCAGCUUCCGCUCAGUGCGUGAAAGGUGGUGGUACAUCGCACUCAGCAAGUGUGGGGGAGAUGGGCUGCAGCUGGAGUAUGAGAUGGUUCUCACCAAUGGCAAGUCUUUCUGGACGCGGCAUUUCUCUGCUGAUGAGUUUGGGAUCCUGGAGACAGAUGUGACUUUCCUCCUUAUCUUCAUCCUCAUAUUCUUCCUCUCCUGUUACUUUGGAUAUUUGCUGAAAGGUCGUCAGUUGCUCCACACAACUUAUAAAAUGUUUAUGGCCGCAGCCGGAGUGGAGGUUCUGAGUCUCCUGUUUUUCUGCAUCUACUGGGGCCAGUAUGCCACUGAUGGCAUUGGCAACGAGAGUCUGAAGAUCUUGGCCAAGCUGCUCUUCUCCUCCAGCUUCCUCAUCUUCCUGCUGAUGCUCAUCCUUCUGGGGAAGGGAUUCACAGUGACACGGGGCCGCAUCAGCCACUCAGGUUCGGUGAAGUUGUCUGUCUACAUGACCCUCUAUACUCUUACCCACGUGGUGCUGCUUAUCUAUGAGGCCAAGUUCUUUGACCCGGGCCAGGUACUGUACACAUAUGAGUCACCGGCAGGCUACGGGCUCAUCGGGUUGCAGGUGGCAGCUUAUGUGUGGUUCUGCUACGCCGUGCUUGUCUCUUUGCGCCAUUUCCCGGAGAAGCAGCCCUUUUACGUGCCCUUCUUUGCUGCCUACACCCUCUGGUUCUUUGCAGUUCCUGUCAUGGCCCUGAUCGCCAACUUUGGGAUCCCCAAGUGGGCUCGGGAGAAGAUUGUCAAUGGCAUCCAGCUGGGGAUCCAUUUGUAUGCUCAUGGCGUGUUCUUGAUCAUGACGCGCCCUUCAGCGGCCAACAAGAACUUCCCCUACCACGUGCGCACGUCGCAGAUAGCCUCGGCUGGUGCCCCGGGCCCGGGAAGCAGCGAAUCCGCAGACAAGGCCUUCCCGCAGCACGUCUAUGGGAACGUGACGUUCAUCAGCGACUCGGUGCCCAACUUCACGGAGCUCUUCUCCAUCCCCCCGCCCGCCUCCUCCCCCCUGCCCCGAGCGGCGCCGGAUUCCGGGCUCCCGCUGUUCCGUGACCUCCGGCCCCCUGGCCCCCUCCGAGACCUCUGACCCCGCUGGACCCCGGAACACCAGUGAGGAUCGCCGGGACCCUGCCCGUGGGACGCUCCAGGAGGACUCCGCGACCCCGAGCCACUGCUCCCGGGACGGAUAUUGUGAAGCUGGUUUCGACUCUGAAAACUUCCCUUGGAUCCCUGUCACCUCGGACCCGUGCUCUGUCCAUCCCCAUCUCCAUCCCGAGGGCCCUCCCUCAGGUCCCCGGAAGAAAGACUUUUUUCCCUUGUUGCCAAAAUAAAGAGGAUUCGUUGAGUUUUUAUCUA